AAACAUUAGUGGGUUUGAAUCAAUUAUUAGAAAUUAAUCCAAAUAAUGCAGAUACAUUAAUGAGCAGGUACGAAGAAUCACUGGCAAAUCUAAAUAAAUCAUUAGAAAUUGAUCCAAAUAGUGCAUGUGCAUUGGUAAUUCGUGGAGAAAUUUAUCGCAUAACGAAUAUAUAUGAGGAAUCACUAGCAGAUUUAAAUAAGUCUUUAGAAAUUGAUCCAAUUAAUACAUCGGCGUUAGCAAUUCGCGGAAUAACUUAUCAUAUGAUGAGCAGACACGAAGAAUCAUUAGCAAAUUUAAAUAAAUCAUUAGAAAUUGAUCCAAAUUAUGUAUUUGCAUGA